AUGACCGUCGCAACCACUACGUCCGCACAAGCCUAUCUUGCGCAAUCAGAGCCCACGCACGAGAACUCAGUCCUUCUCGGAGUUCAGGACCUCGAUUAUACAUACAAUGCGACUGCUAGAAGGAGCGUCAGUACGCGCACUGAUAUGAAUACAAAAACUUGCAAGCAUGGCCUUCAGAAACCCACCAGUGAAUAUAAGGCCAGCAUCGACCUCUCGUUGGCGUGGAGCGGUGGCGACGACGAUAGUCUCGACAUUCCGAGCUGGGAGGAGUUCGAGGAGAUAAUGGACGAGGAUAGACUAACGCUCGAAGAAUAUUAUGUGAGAGUGGAGAGGGAGGCGAGCCCUGAUGAAACGCAACCCGCUUUUCAUCUCGGGACAAUAUUGAGCCCAAUAUGGGUCAACAGUACACGAGUCGGCCACGCGCAAGUAAUUACAUUACUGUCUGGGACAUGCUGGUGCCAGAACACCGAACUACAUCCAUUCCUCGACAAUAUGUUCAUCCCCAAGCACUGCUCCUGCAUGGACGCGACGUGCUGGUCAUCGUCUCCAGCUUCAUCUCCAGACACCCUUAUAACUAGCAAAGAGCUGUGCGAAGAGGAGUUAUAUAGCAAGUCCAUGAAGGAACCGUGGUGUAGAGGCUGGUAUUGA